CAGAUUACAGAAACAUAACCUAACCGCGUUGUGGUGAUAAAAGAUAAGAUAAAUAGGUACGACUUUAAAAAUUAAAAGAAGUUUAAUUGUAUAUAUUCAUAAUAUUAAAACUGUAAGUUGACAACAACUAUCAUGUCUUGUUUAGCUGUGAGUGAUGAUUGUAUUGUCAUUGCUAAAGGACUCCAAGUGGAUUACUACAACUAUUCAAGCCAUGCCGAGUUUACAGUGCCAUCGAAAUCUCAAGAAACUGAUGUUAUAUCGGAUAUCGUAAUAUCAGCAAAUGGCAAGCACUUGGCUCUCAUAACAUCUACUUCGAAACAAUUAUUAGUGUACGAUUUACCUAUGACGGACAACUACAGAAGUUAUGUUCUUCCACGAAGUGCAAGUAAAAUUAGAUUCACAGUAAGCAACCAACAGAUACUAGUGGCUGAUAAAAGUGGCGACGUCCUUCUUUACAACAUAAAAGAUGAUGAUGGAGGCAAUAAACUAUUGGGCCAUCUGAGUUUACUUUUAGAUGUCCUUCAGACCCAUGACGAAAAGUACAUUAUAACUAGUGAUAGAGAUGAAAAAAUAAAGGUAUCAUGCUACCCUAAUACAUAUAAUAUUCAAACAUACUGCUUGGGCCAUAAAGAAUUUGUGAAUCACAUUGAACUGUUGCCACACAACCCUUCAUAUCUUACAAGCACAUCUGGAGAUGGCCAGCUAAAAUGUUGGGAUUAUAACAAUGGCAAACUUUGCUACAGCAUUGAUACAUUUAUUGACGUAAAUGAUUCAGAUUUGAAAGAUAAUUUCACAAAAAGAAUGGACAAUGAAGGCAUAGAAGUGAACAAUCUGCCUAUAGUCCAUUAUGCAGUCGCCAAACUGAAUGAAAGCAGUAGCUUGCUGGCAGUUGCUGUGCAUAAUUAUAACAAAUUGCUGAUUUAUGCUCUGAAAACAGACAACAAUGAAUUCAGUCAUAAUUUACUACAAAAAUUUGAAUUGGAAUCAUUCCCAAAGGCUAUUAAAUGCCAUAACUCCUCAUUGUUUACUUAUAACAGUACUGGAAGUAGUGUUAGCAUCUUCAAAAUUCUUUUGGAAAAUGGUACUGCAAGUUUAAAACUUGAUAAAGAAAUAAAAAUGUUUAUCAAUACAAGCACCACAGACAUAAUAGAGCACAAUGAAGAAUCUAUCAAAGUUUUGUAUAAGAGGAAAUUUGACAAUGUUCAAGAAUAUCAAGAAAGGAAAAAACAAAGAUUAGAAAAAUCUAUUCAAUAAAAUUUUAUAAUAAU